AAAGCCUCCGGGAGUACUUUAGUAAAUACGGAGAGAUUACGGAAGUGAUGGUGAUGAAGGACCCCACCACCAGAAGGUCAAGCAGACGCGAUCCGAUGAGCGUGUUGCUGGCCGAGAACGGUGUCCGAAUGUUCGCGUCAAGGGGCUUCGGAUUUAUCACCUUCGCCGACCCGGCUAGCGUAGAUAAGGUAUUAGCGCAAGGGUCCCACGAGCUAGACGGUAAAAAGAUUGACCCCAAAGUUGCCUUCCCUAGGAGAGCCCAUCCAAAGAUGGUAACCCGGACGAAGAAGAUAUUUGUGGGUGGGCUCUCGGCACCGACGACGCUAGAAGACGUCAAGAAUUACUUCGAGCAGUUCGGGCCGAUCGAGGAUGCUAUGCUCAUGUUUGAUAAACAAACCAACAGACAUAGAGGUUUUGGAUUUGUCACAUUUCAAAGUGAGGACGUCGUUGAUAAAGUCUGCGAAAUUCAUUUUCACGAAAUCAACAAUAAAAUGGUGGAAUGCAAGAAGGCUCAGCCCAAGGAGGUGAUGUUACCUACGAACCUGGCCAAGACGCGGGCCGCGGGCCGAGGCGCAUACGAUUUUAUGUGGUCGCUUGGGGCCUUACCUGACGGUUUCCCCGCAGCCGCGUACGCCGCCUAUGCGGCUGGUCGUGGUUACUCGGGCUACCCUAGCUUCGGACUUCCAUAUCCCACAGGGUUCGCCUUCUGCGGCAUUGGUAGGGCGAGGAGCAGUGUUCGGGCUUCUCCCGCCAGAUGUCUCCCCCCGAACGUAGCGGCUGGGUUCCCUGGCUACAGUUACUUACCCAAUCCUACGGCCGCAGCCGCUCCAACCUCGGCUACUCCGGCCGCCAGUGGCCCUGAACGUGACAGCACUUACUACGACUACGCCGCUGCGGUCCACCAACAGCAGCAACAGCAGCAGCCUCCGGCAACAGCUCGGCCGGAGCAGACAGUACACAACUCCCCUCUGCAUAGACACCACUCUGAUCCUAACGUCACUGUAUACCGCAACGCAAACACAGCCAUGCAACGCAAGCAGUGCAGUGCUCAGCCUCCACCGCGAAGUAACCAGCAUCAACAAAUGCUGUUGCAUUCGGACCUGUACACCUCGGGAGGAGAAGAUCACGGGGUCAAAGCGUAUGUUACAGUGGAUCUAACGAAUGGGCAGCUCACCCCGAACAAUAACACUCCGCUCCUAACGCAGGCGCUCUCAGGGACCCCAGCGACCGCAAGAUGGCAGUCGCAUCAGCCAGUGGCGGCAGCAGCGGGGGCCGCACCCGGGGCUGCAGAUGCACCUCCUCCACCACACCAACGGCACUUCUCCGUUUCCUUUGCAGUCAUGAACAACUACCAGGCAGCAGCGGCGGCGGCAGCGCAGGGGUUCGGUCCCCCCGCGUCUCCACACGCAGCGGCGGCAGCGGCAGCCGCCAAUUCUCGGGGGGGAUUCCCCCCGGCCAACUCGCCCGGGCCGAUCGACAUGUACAGCUCAAGUGCGGCCGAUAGUGUGGCGGGAUACGUGCAGGCUGCCAGCCCACAACCCUCGGGCUUCCCGACUCUUGCGGGACCCCUCAUUCCGGCUGCUUUCACUAACGGCUACCAUUGAGGCUCAUACAUCAGCUAAUAUACAGGUUUGGAUUAUUGUGGGAAACUCAGGUUGUUCUGUGGAUAAGAGGCAACGCGACUCAUCUGUUUUCCUCUCCUGGUCACUGCUGCCCCCUGUUAGCUGAUUUGGUCAACAGUGCAAAUAUGAAAUUCGAAAGAAGUCGUUAAGUAAAAAUGACUUUUUAUAUACUGAACUAUAUAUAUAAAUAUAAAUAUUACUAUUAUUAUUAUUAUUAUGAUGAUUAUUAUGAAUGUGACACGUCCUAUCCUCAUAUUGGAGGGGGAGGCCUGCAAAGCAAAAGAAAAAACUUUAUUUCCGCCGGACGUCUGUUGUGAACUUUAAAUGCGCCCGUUUGUCUCGGUUUUUAAAUUAUCUGGUGUUAUAUUUUUUAAGAACAGAUACUCGACCCCCUCUUCACCUCCUUUGGUAUAUACAAGUGUGACAUCAAUGGAAACAUCGUUAAUUCCUUCAAGUAACGUCUCUGCUGUCAUACUCUCCUGAUAAUCUCUACUUUACCACCGAAUCCGACACCUUCUGCAUUAUUCCACCCCGAGUUAUGCUUCAAUUGUCAAGGUGAUGAAGAUUUCUUCAGCUUCAAAAGGAGAAUAAUUGCAGAUAAUGAAAUGAAGAAUUAUAUAUGGGAGAGGCAAUACAAGAUGAAUUAAAAAAUGAAAAAGAAGACCAGAAAGAAUACGAAGGUUUAUAUAUCCACUGAAAGAAGAAAUAACUUGUUUCAGCUUCUCUAUGAAACUAUAUUUUCCGGCGGAAUAGCUUUAUGUGAAUUGAAUGAACAAAUGUCUUGUACCACUACCCAUAUACUAAUGGACGUUAUGUAUAAUAUAGACAUAUAUACAUAUUAAUAUUAAUCAUUACUCAGUAUGGUACAUUUCAAUGAAAAAUCUCAUUGAGAGGAGAAAAAAAAAUAUGCUUACACAAAUUUUUGUUCGUAAAAUUACUCGAUGUUUGCUGGGCGACUGCAACGGUGUCCACUUCUGUUGGUCAUGCGUCGCGUCUAAAUGUUCCUCCACUAAUACCUCCGCUUAGAUGUGCCGCUGUUUGAGUUUCACUUGUUUUGCUUCGUGUCGUACGGUUCUGUUUUGCUUUGGCGAGAGAGAAAAAAAGUUGUUAUAAUUUAAUACGUCCCACACAAUGAAAAACAAAAUUUCGUAGAUUAAACUGUUACCAGAAACGUUUCAGAAUACUGUAGGAAACACUUUGGGCUAUUUCCAUCUUUCCUCGAUGUUAAAUUUUUCUCCGGAAUAGGUUACAGGGUAUAUAUCUGAGAAGAUGAAAAGACAAAAGAGCACGAAUCCUUCGGUAUAUAUAUGAAACUUUAUGUAUAUUAUGGACCAAAUAUGGUAACGGAAAGUGUGGUGCGUCUUUGUGAUCAGCCCCUGAUAACUUAAGACUCAUGAGAUAAACAUUAGUCUACGUAAUGUGAUUGCAUUACUGGCUUUGGCACUGCUAUAAUCAUAUGGGCCUAUUGCUUGUUUCCUUUAACUUAAAACGCUAUUUUCCAUUCAUCUAGAAGAUGAAAACGUUCGCCCUUCGUAUAGAUGACAGUGGGUUGUAAGCUUUCAAAGAAGGAUUUUUUGGGUCACCCUUCUGCAAUCACGCUAAACAAUAUUAUAUAUAUAUUUUACAUUUAUAUAUACACAUCUAUAUUUUAAUUCUUUUAUGCAUUUGUAUAUAAUUAUUGAAUGUAUUAAUAUAGGCUACCAUUCAAAUGCAAGUCGCAGCGUAGGCAGCUGGCGGAAAAUAAAUUGCGCCACAAAACAAGAAACAAAAUUUGCUAUAUGUACAGGUUCCAUAAAACGAAAAACAAAGAAAAAAAAGGCAUAGAAUAAUAAUCUGUCUAGAAGUAGAUAUAGUAAGAAUGUAGCUUCAUGAAAAAAUUACCUUUUAGAUGUACUAUUGGAUUAGACAGCAUAGCUAUAAUAAUUGUUUAGCAUUAGAGAUAUGAAACAUACAUGGGUAGGCAUGUUUCCAGCAGACGAUGAAGAAGAGGUAAAUGACUGCUACUCUCUCUCUCUUUCUCUUCUGCUGACUUUGACGUGCGACUCUGAAACUCCAAUGAACGGUGCAAGGUUUGAACUUUGUGCAGGCUGCACUUCACACUACAAUAAUUAUAUUAUUAAAUAUAACUGCUGCUAAGGAAGAAGGAAGGGGAAGCCGAUUCCACUGAGUAUUUUGUAGAUGAAUCUCGUGUUUCAAUUUUGUUUCCAACAUGAAUUAAUUUUGUUGCAUGUGAUCAGAAAUUGGAACUUAGCAAUUUGGGUUUUCUUGUGUGCUUCAUGUUAUGAGUUCUAGAAUGGCAAUCUUUGAGAGGUAAGGACUAUUACGUUUUGAUUAAUGUAAGUAUCCCUCGAGAAGUAUAUUGUACUUUCGUACGAAUGUUUUAGGUUUCAUGGAGAGAAAACGAAGUGUUCUAGAACAGGUAUAAUUUAUGUGUAAUGGCUUUAGUUGUCUGCCUUCCCACUCCACGUCCAAGUGACAUACUUCCGUAAACAUUGUUGAAGACACAAAAUGUGACGAACCGUAGAUUAAUAUUCGCUCCGUGCGUUAAUUUUUAUUUAACUUUAUCCCUGCUGUGUUGAUAAUUUUAUACCGGGUCUUCUUUUUAUCGCGAGGAUGAUCUCCGUGGAGCGGACGGCGUUGUUGCCGCAUAGCGACCGACGAUAUCGCCCACUCUACGGCGCUACGUCUUGCGAUGAACAAAAGAAGACCCUUUAUGACAUACGCUGUUCCCGAUCAAGGUCAUACUAUAAUGUUGAUUAGGUUCGUUGAAUACAAGCGGAAAAAAAAGCCUCAGUACAAAAACGGUAUAAUAUUAUAUUAUUGAAAGGCGUGUGGCCUAUGGUUACACGUGUUUUUGUUUUACUCAGUAGUUCUCGACGUUUUAGGAAAAUACAAAUUUGAGCAGAUUUAUCGCGGAGGAGAAGUAGCAGAAAUCGUGUCGGUAGCUAAAAUAAAAAUGGAAUAUAUCUAUAUUAUAUAUAAAAAAAGAAAAUUAUAUAUACAUUGAUAAAAUGAAGUGUCCUACGAUAAUCAGUGACUGCAUUAGUUAAUAUAUUAUUAUUACUAUUAUUAAUAAUAAUUAUUAUUAUUAUUAUAGCCAUUUCAAUAAGUGAGAUAUGGCGUGGUCUCGUGUUGUUUCUGUUGAUUUUGACUGUCUUUCUCACUAAUGCGUUCAACAGUGUACUGUAAGUAGAUGAUUUCUUGUAUGGUUUAACGUUUGGUCCAACCUUAUAAGAAUAGAAAUCUCUACAUUUUGAUGAGUAUUAUAUGAAAUAAAUAAAUUAUUCUUAAAUAAAAUAGUUUCAAAGGAGCAAUAGAACAAAAAUGAAGCAGAGUUCAUAAAUUAAAUACGGCAAAUCAGGGAAUGGAUAUAAAUAUAGCGUUUUCCUCGAAAAUAAAUAAUUACUGUUGAUUAAACAUAUACUCUUAGGCCUGCGGUUUUACUUCAGCGUCGUUUUUAUUAUUAGGUAAAAAAAUAAAUGAACUUAAUAAAUCUAAGAUGAGAAUAUCCAUGCUUUUAUCAAUUCUUGAAAAUUUAUGUCAAGAGUUUCUUUGUCUCAAUGCAAUUUAAGUAAGAACAAACCGUUCCCUUGUUUCUAUUCCUCUUUCAUUGCGGUAGAAAUAUUUUUAUCGUUAGGAAAAUUCAGAGCAAUACACUAACUAAUACUGUAACUUUUACUUAAAAUCCUGUAUUUUGAUACCGUAAAAUUGUUAAGAAAUGAAUAUGCAAGUGAAUCCUGUAUUAAAGGGAUAUUUCUUUGAAAAGAGAUUAAGAUUACUAUUGAGGUUGGUAUUGAUGAUGUGUUAUUAUAUUAAUAAUGUAGAAAAAAACGGUUUUUAAGAUCCGAAUGCUGAUCGCUUAUUUAUCUGAACGUGGUCUGCAUAGUUCUGAUAGAUUUUAUAUAACUAUAUAAUAAACUUACUACAUUAUUGGCAUAAUAUCAUAGAAGAAUGAUUGAAAAAUUAUGCAUGAUGCAUUGUGUGUAUGUGUGUGUGCUGUUCCACGUACCGACUGAUAUUGAGAAAAGCAAUAAUGUUAAACUUGUUCAAAGUAGUGUCCCCCUCGGACUCCACGAAAGUGACGCUUUUGCUUUGCCUCUCCCACUAAAUGUCGUUACUGUUGUUGUAGACAUGCGUCAGUUUCAGCCGACUGCCUGGGUUUGCAGUUGAAGCCCGGUGUCUGGAGAGAUUGCCAGUAUUUCGGUAGUCUAAACUUUGGGCUGAACUGUAGCCACUCGACUCUCUUGCACGUCACUAAAUGUUAUAUAAAGUAAUAUCUGUUGUAAGAUGCCGUGUGCGGGUAGUAGACGCUUGACGUAAUUGGUGGUCAUACAAAACGUUGUUAUGUAAUCUUCAUCCUUAGCUCUGCCAUAGAAGAAGACGUCCAGAUUAUAGCCAUAUGACAGUACUGUACCGUCAGCUUGAGUUUGCGUGCCACGGAGAGCACAUUUCGGGUGACGUAACCAUGCUUUGUUUUCACUUAGAAUCUUUGCGUGAGUACUCGUAAUAUCGAAAUAACUGGCAUUGGCAUUUGGCAAGAAAGGAAAGUUACAUAAUUUAUUAUUCGUCCAAAAAAGACACACAUUGAUAAUUCUUUCUUACGAUUCUUAUAUUUUCGCCGUUCAAUCAUGACUAUCUAUCCUGAAUAUUAUAGAUUUUUAUUUACAAUUCGAACUUUAUGUUUGAGUUAAUAAGAAAUAAUCCGUUCCUGCAUAAGGUGACAGUUGUGCAUAGACUUACAUUUCAGAAUCGGACAAGGCAGCUAACUGUCAGACAUAUAUAUAUCUGUACGGUCUCUUUCAGUCCGUUCUAGAAAACGAAAUUAACGGCCGUGGGGAUUCGUUGCGCUGAUCACGCGACGCCCUCUAUCAGCUAAAAUUGGCACUAACUUCGCCGACAAGCGGCGUUCGCUCGGUCGGUAUAGUUCGCUCGCGGACGAUAACCACGGAGUAUUAGUAGUACAGCCUCAUUCAGAGGUAACAGAGCGAAGAGUAUCUGUAAUUGAAUAAUCAAGCUGAUGAACGGGUUAUUUAAUCUAUAUAAACUGCAUCGAUAUUCAAAUUCUGACACUGUAAAGACGAAUUAGGCGGUAGUUAAUAAGUUCUUCUAACACAUACACAAGAAUCAAAGGCGUGUGCUAAGAAUUAUCAUCAGGGCCCAUGAGAACGGACGCGGUGGGAGGUAUAUUAAUAUUCGAACGCUUGGCAAAGAUUCUAUUGAACCGUGAUCGAGUGAGGUUAUUCCGUGGCAUGUUUUGUUGCCUUCAGAUGAAGUUUUAAAUUAUUUGUUUUCUGGACAGAGGUUGAAGUUCGCAAGAGAAUGCUUUUGUUCUUCAAAAUGGUGAGAAUAAAGCGAUCAGCAUUCGGAGAAAUAUUUUAAAACACAGUUCACACACAAAGUGACACACACACACACACAACACACAAAAACACACAUUUGUCCGUUCUGGGCAUGUCUUCCUUGGUAGGCAUGCAGUAUGUGUUAUAUAUCCAGUUUAACUAACACGUGUUAUUGUGGUUGGUGUACUGUUCACAAUAUGGUAAUAUGUAAAAUGUAUGUUAUUAAUUGUACAACAGUGGCUAGGAACCGUUACCUCUUUGUUAUGGAAAAUAAUAAUAACAAUGUAAUAAUAACCAGAAACCGAAACAUAACAAAUAAGUGAAAAUAAUGUAUGCUUGUGUUUUUUGUGUGUGCAUUUGUCAUACAUUAUAGCUAAACAAAAAUACUAGUUAUAUGUGUUUAUGUUGAAGAGGCUUCUUACGAUAGAAGCCGUUAAAAUGACACGUAGCGAAUGAAUGGACAAGUCGCAGAUAAAAAGGAAUAAUUUUAAAGUAAUCAUAAGAAAUGAUUGGAAUAUAUUGACAAUGGUUACAGACAAGGAGUUGGUGUUAGUGUAUCAUCCUGAAUGACUCUCACUCCAGCACCUCACACAGUUGUUGCAGGAUUUUCAGUAGAAUGACCAAAGUUUAGAACAGAGCGCAUAAAGAUGAUAAACGACGUCCGUUAGAUUACAUUUCUAGUAAUUUAUUAUCAGUAAUUUUUGUUCCUCUUAUUGUUGUGUCGUAUGACAUAAGGGAUGAUCAUGUCAUCAUUAAUAUUUUAUGUAUUUUAUAUGCCUCAUAAUGCAAACAAAUGAUGUUCAUUAUUAUUAUUAUUAUUAUAAAAUAUUUGUUUCUGAAGCUCAUUAAUAUUGUCAUAUCUAUGCAUUCUUACGUUAGUUUAAACAUUACUGUAUACAUAACAACUUGUAUUUUUAUUUUUUGAUUGCUUUGGAAGGUGACAGCCUCUACGGAGGCCGAGUGAUGACCUCAAACGGCCUGUAAUUUCGCUGUGGACAUGUGCUGCAGUCAUUUCGCUUGAGGUAUCACCUGCCGUGAGGAUCUCGAGUUCGACUUACCGUGGAUAUCGCUUAAUACGAUAAUCUCUAAAUAAACUGACACGUACGUUGGAUAUUAUCCAUCAGCUCUGUUUUGUUAUAGAAACUUGACGUUUUGAAAAAUGGUUUGUAUGCCCUUCAUCAGAUGAAAAUAGAAGUCCACUCAGUUUGAUUUGUUUUAUGGAGCUACAAUCCAUAUCCGGAUCGAGACAGAACCAGUUUCCGAAACGUUGUGUUUCUGCAGCCAGAACGAAACGAUGUACAGUUUCCAAGAAUAUAUGUCAGUUUAAGAACACAAAAUUGUCACAGACCUUCAGACUCAUACUUACUUCCUAACAAUGGGUCGAAGGAGAUGUAUCAGGAGUGAUCUAUUCAGUCAGUGAAUCAGAUAAAUCUUGAAGAUUAAAGAAUUUUGCAUUCAUUUAUUACUUUAAAAAUCUUUUUAAAACUUACCUUUUGUAGUAUUAGGAUGCAUAAUGUAAACCUGUUUUAAUACCAAAACUAACAAAAGUUUUAUCCACGGUAAAAUUCUGAUAUUUAACACGCAACCACUUUAUGUCUCACGUUUCAAGGUAACACUAAAGUCAGUUUUGAAGCGUGUUACAGUUUAUAUUGUGAAAUAACGCCGAAUUUGGGACGGAAUUUAUAUUUGUGUCAUGAAAGUAAAAUUCUUCUGAAGUGCUUUGUUGUGAUCACAACCGAUAAAUUAAAAUGACCUACAGUGUUCACUAUGUGUGUGAAUUCCGUCUCUAGUUCUGUGUUUUAUCCCCACGACAGGUGCUGGCCGAUAUCCAUUGUUUCUGUUGUCCCUUGUUAAGGCUAGGGUGUUGAACAAGAACGAACAUCUGCCGUUGUGAUAUAUACAUAGAUACAGACAUGUUGUUAUUGUCAUAUAUAAUUAUAGCAAUUACGCUGCCCACCAUCCUUCUUCAUUGCCACUUCACUUUUCCAUCGCAAUUUCCAAGACGGAGGAAUAAUCAAUCAGCAUUCCCCCCCCCCUCCUCGUCACCUAUUUUUCUCAUAUAUUCUGUGAUUUGAAUUCAGACAACAAAAGAAUAGCUUUACAGUGUCAUCACAUGUGUUCAGAUAACUUCUUUCCUUUUAUUAGCAACAAACUGAUUUCCAGGAGAUCAAUAACAGCUCCUUGGAUACAGUUGUUUCUUUUUUUGGUAUGUGUUAUUAAAUUAGUAUUUGAUUUGAUCAAGAAAAUGCAAAAUUGUAUUAGAAAAACUGUUUAUGUUAUUAAAUUAGUAUUUCAUUUGAACAAAAAAUGCAAAAUUAUAUUAUGAAACUUGUUUGUUUCGUUGUAUUUACGUUUAUGAAUGUGUUCCCGGUGACAACAUACACGGUGAUACCAGCAUAAUUUUAAAUAUAACAGUAAUAAUAUUAUUAUUAGUAUUAUUAUAAUAAAAUAUCCAUUCCCAUUAUUUAGAAGAUUGCAGGCAGUAAUAAUAAUAAUGUCUUACCUAUAUCUCUGAAACAAAAAAACGAGGACUUUCUGGGUCCUUUCACACUGCUCACAAAACGUGUUUAUAAAAAGUAACAAAGUUGUCUAUAUAGUUGCGAGUGUCCGCUGCAAGCAGUUUGGUUUAGUUGGUAACACUGAUAUGCCCUGUACGUAUAUAGAACCGCAUCAUAAUGUGUAGUUCUUUUUAAAAGUAGAUAAAAAAGUUUAAAAAUGAGAUCUUAAAACAUAUCAGAAUUCACCUCUUCACUUUGAAAGCGCAUCCAUCACUCCGUAAUGUAACAUUUCGGCCUAUACUGGAAUAAGAGUAGCGCCAAGUCACCAAACCUCCCCCCCCCCCACGUCACAUUGUAGUAUGUUUCCGUUCGUGCAGUUGUUACUGAAAACUAUUCACAGUUCCACACGAAGCAGCAAUGUAUAUAUAACGAAUUCCCGGAAGAAGGGAGAGCAGAUGGCACAUAUUGAUAAGGAAGUUUAUCCGGUAAUAGAUAUUUAAAUCGCUUACUUUCAAAUACUUAAUUGCAGAUAUCACUGUUAGCAUUAUUUCUAUCUCAAAUAUAUACUUUGUUGUAUUUGUAAUGAAUUUGGAAAUACGUCGAAUAUACCAGUGGUGCUAUUAGUUGGCAGCUAACCCUGGGCCACCAGAAUCACAUGCCUAGUUCUGUUAUUUUCGUGUUACUAUAAACUAAAGCUGAGUUGACUAGGUUUUGUUUUGUCGACCACAGAAAGAACGGAACUGAGUGAUGGAAAUAAAUCGUAAGGAAAUUAAAUUUGUUGCAGACAUAUAGAAUAAGCCAAAAUAUUUUCCAUAAUAUUCUGUUAUCAUAUAUUUAUUGAGAAACCGAGCCCUGUGAGGCUGCCAAUAUCUUCUGUCGCUAUGCGGCAACGGUGCAGCCCUUUCCACGGAACUCUGCCCUGCGAAGAAGAAAGAACUUCCUGUAGUUUAGAGUGAGGUUUUUACAUUGCUUUUUCAGAUUCAUUCUCUUUAAAAUAAUAAAUAAGCUACGUCGUUACUUCCGCUGUAGACAAACUAGAUGAAUCACCUGUAUACUGCCGGUCCAAGUUUGCUGCUGUUAGGAACCUCGGCUUUAUGGCUAAAGCCCUGUUUGUCCUUUUUCCUUCGAGUUCUUGCGGAAGUCAAAUCAAAAUAGUGGGAUUGUGUUAUCGCUGCGGAGUGUAGGGGCAGCCAGUGACACACGAUAGAAUAGUCGUAGUUGUGUGUCUUCGAAAACCGUAAUUUAGGACAUACUGAAACGGUCAGUAGAAAGGAACCUGCAAGUGCCGACAUUUUGUGCUCUUUGGUAAUACACUAGACGGUAGAGAGUCUGAAAUUUCAUAAUGUGGAAAGUCGAUGUAUAAUAUGUCAGUGAAUAAUUUGUGUAGUAAUUUAUUUGUAUCAAGUAGGAAUGAAAUAUGCAGAUUUUUUUAAUAGUACUUCAUUUUUACUGCCAGAAUAUUUUGUUCAUUCAUACUGUAUUGAAACUGUGUGGAGAAUGUUCUCUAGAUGUAAUACAUUUAUGUCGAAGCACAAGAAAUGUGUAUAGAAGGGUACGUUUCAUUUCAGAAGUUAGAACAGUUUUCCGGUGGUAACUGUCUGUAGGGGGAUAAACGUUUGGCCCUGAAACCCGUCCAGUCUGUUACUAAAGAAAAGAACUAGGCAUAAUUCAAACUUAUGAGGAAGUGAUGAUGCGAAGAUGAACACCAAUAUACUAGGGAAUUCGUAGUGCGAAGAGGUUUUAGUAUACAACGUAGAAGCGACGAUGAGUUUCAACAGCUCAGCUUCCCUAUCUCAUACCUUUACUGGAGUUCUAUACGUGUUAUUGUCUUGACAAUAUGCAUUUACACUGAGAAACUAUUUUCAGUUAAUUCAAACAUGAUCGUGGGCCUUAAUAAAAGUUUAAACUAAAAGUAUAAACUGUUCAAAUUUAUUUUAAACAUUAUUUAUUAAUUGGGGUGUGUAUAUUUAAAAGUAACCCUAGUUUUUUGUCGAUUUCACUUGUUAUGGUGUGGCCCCGCCUCGAGUAGCUAGGUUCGUGUCUCCCGUUGGUGUUUAGACACAAGUUAAGAGAAGAUGGCGUCAGUGAUGUUUUCAGUUAACCAAUACGUGAUGUAGUGUCGAGCAAUUUUAAUUUGUUUUGCUUCCAUUUUUUGAUUCCUUGCGGAAACUAAUAAUGUGAUUCAUUCUUUCUCAGUUUUGUUGCAGAGGAAGCUAGUAUUUAUAUUCACCUAGCCACUAACUGUGUCCUCCAAGAUCUCCAACCCAGUCUCACUUGUGAAUGUUGCAUAAGUGUUAUGAAAUUACUUGCAGAAUAUUAUAGUUGUAAGCUUUUUUUUUUAAUAGUAAGAAACCUGAUCGCUGUGAGAUCAGUAAUAUUUUAUGUGUGGCCUGGUCGUUCCUUAUUUUGCCCAUUUUACAGCCAAGAUGAAAUGGCUUCUUGCAAUAAGAAAGCAAUAAACCAUGCUCUUAUUAUGGGCGAUGCUUCUCGAACAAAAGAAUGACUAUUGUGUAAUGAUGAUUCAUAACUGCUGAUUAUGAUGAUGAUGAUGAUGAUAAUGAUGAUGGUGGUGGUGGUGUUGAGAUGGAUGUACAGAUUCUGUUUUGUGUGACAGGACUAUUAUUUAAUGGACACACACACACAUACUGUGACCACUGAGCGGAGUUUUGUGUAUAUUCAUGGGGAACGCCGCAUUGGUGUGCCCUGGAUUUAAACAUAAUUAUUACUACUACUAAUAAAAGGGUGUAAGUGUCUGACGCUGUACCAUGUACAUAUAUUAAUAUUACAAGGUUCACGACGUGCCGUGUGUAUGUGGGAAUUAUAAUAUGGACAUUGUUCAAGGAA